AAAAAAACACAGACGACGCGUUCAAAAGUCAAGCCCGAGUCGUCUCUUUGGGUUCUUUCGCAAAUACCUUGAGCGAAGAACCACGCAAUGGACGACUUUUCGCCCCCGUGGCAGUUUUCCGAUCCCCAUCUUUCGGGUCAUCCCUCCUCCACCUCCACCAGAGCGACUUCCAGGUCCCAGGAACCGGGUCUGAAAGUCAGGAGACGUACUCCGCGGCAUCCUUCCUUUCUGAGGACCAGCGUGUGAACAGCCACCAACGCGAGGCUUGGGAUGACGUGGGGGGGCCUCAGUUUUACGGCGCCGUCCACAGAUCGUGUGACGGCAACUGCGACGUCGCCUCGGCUCAGGAUUUCAAUCAAGAUGCGAGUCAGUGGAGCGAGAGCAGCGGAGACUACCAAAAUUGGGAUUUUGGCUCGAGCGGCGAGAACCUCAGUCUGUCGUCGGAGGCGCCUUGGAUCCGGUCCGGCCCGCUUAUCCAAAUGGGGGCCACCCAAACUUUGGCCUCAGCAAAUCUUCCCCAGAUGUCAGGCGUGGGCAUCCAGAGCAACCCUCGGGUACUGGACUCCUUCCACGAAGCCUUCCUUUCGCGGCCAAAGAGAAGCUUCCCACAGGUUCUCAGAGAGGAUUCUUACGGAACCGUUUGGCGACCGGUGGCCGUCGCGGGGGAGCACUUCGGAUCCGAACUUUUUUUCCAUCCCGCCGCUUGCUCGACCUCCGCCCCGCCGUUGGCGUUCCCUCACCUGACGUCUUCGGUCCUCAGUCCUCCUCUCACGCCUUUGCCUCCCUCGUCCCACUCGCCGGCCGUGACCUCCGCCCACUCGCCCUCGUGGGCUGGGGACAGGGACGGGCCGCUCCACUUUUUUGCUUCCCGCCCCCAGCAGGUCCCGUCGCUCGACUCCUUCGGCGUGACGUGGCCGUUGGCCGGCGGGUCGGCGGGCACCGGCGGCAUCACAGUUCCCCCCCCAGCACUGUCGCACCCUGCCGCCUCAUCCGGAAACUCCACACUCAAAUCCCACCGAGCCCCGCGUCACGCCCAACGUCCGCAAGCGGCGGGAGGCGCCGCUUACCGUUGGAAGAACCAAAUCUACACGGGGACUCCUUUCCCCAGCAUCCUUCACCCCGGCGAGGGAACGAGCGAUCAUUACACACCCCGACCCCUCCUCAACCCGGCUCGCAAAGGGACGGGGCUUUAUUCGACCCUCUUAGCCGUCCAGAACGGACACGAGGACAAAUGCGGCGAGCCGCCAAGGGUCAACAUUGGCAGCAAUUUCCAGGCGGAGCUCCCCGCACUGUGCGCCGGCGACGGCGUGGAGGAGUCGAACCAGGAGCAGUGUCUGUGGAAGUCCUGGAAGGGACUCCGGGAAUGUCGGACAACGCAGGAGCAAGUGGAAAAGCUGCUGGUGAUGUGCAACUCCAGUUGUUUACCAGGAGGGGGCAGCAACACGGAGCUGGCGCUGCACACUCUGCAUUCCUGCCAGGGGGACGUCUUGGCCGCACUGGAGAAGCUACUACGAACUGGAACCUCACCAGCAGCAGACUACCACUACGCCGGUUGCGACGUUUGGACCGAGACCGAGAAGAGCGCAUUCAACGCAGCCCUGCGACACCACGGGAAAAACUUUCCGCUCAUCCACAAGACGGUGGAAACAAAGAUGGUGAGCCAGUGUGUGGAGUUUUACUACCUGAACAAUAAACUCCGAGCUAAGCAGAUGAAACAGAGCCGGCAGGAGAUCCGGGAUGAGAACGGAGGGGAGCCGGAGCGAGGCGAGAGUCCGACUCGAAUCACCUGUGCGCCGAGCGAAAAGGAGUUUGGACCAAUGAAGGGUCCCGCGAAGUUGUUCCCCUGCAUAAAAUGCGGCAAAAUGUUCUACAAAGUCAAGUCCCGCAACGCUCACAUGAAAAUCCACCGGAACAUUCCGGACGGGCGGACCCACGGGCUCAAAUGUCGACCAGUGACGUCCGUGGCGCCCGGCGUCACUCCCGCACAUCGCGCCCUCGGCGAGGCCGGCCCGCGACCGCCGCCCGCCUUCGCCAUUGUUGACGUCGGCGGCUUCGGGCCGCCGUACGUCGCAGCUUUCGACCAAUCGCGGCGCUCUUCGGCCGGGUUGCACGAGGAUCGCGCCCCCCUCAAUCCGUUUUCCUCCAAACGUUGAAACCGGAUAAAUUCCCGCAGUCACAAUCUUUUUUUUUUUUUUUUUUUAAUCACAAUGCUGACUCCUGAGAUUCAAAAUUAAUUUUUUUUUGUAUUUUCUUUUCUGUCUUUUUUUUUUUCUUCAUUAAACUGUGCCGGUGUUCUCAACGGAAUGGCUGCUGAGUGAUUAUUAUUAUGGU